GCCAUCAUGACUGGUAUACUUCUGCUGUUGGCUCACAAAGAGGGGACCAAGAGAUACCUGUGGGAAACUAGUUUCACCUUUGUGAUUCUGAGCAUGAUGGGAUGUCCACUUCAUUUUGCAGUAGCCUUGGAAUCUGCUCUCCUUGGCCCAUAUUGCUUCUACUCAUUUUCAGGGAUAGCAGGGACCGAUUACCUUGGUUAUGCAGUUGCCUUUCCUUUUCCAUAUGCAAACUUCCCAUCAGCUUGUGUGGACCCACCACACUAUGAAGAGUACCACCUGACACUUCAAGUCUUCGACCUGUGCCUGAGCUUUGCCAUGCUCUGUGCGUCCCUGACAGUGUUCAUCAAGCUUUCUGCAGGACUUAUCUGGAAGAGACACUUACAUGGUCAAAAGAAUGGACAAUAA